CGCGUCUCGUCUCACAGUGUGUAAGGGUGUUAAGUUUAGAGGGUGUGUCCCCCUGCCCCCCCCACCACUUUUCGGGGCUGUAUGUGCAACAGGGUGAAUUGAUUUAUAGGGGGGUACAAGCCCCUGGUGGGAAACAAUACGGGGGUGCACAACAUCUGUAAAUUCAAUCAGUUCACUGCCAACCACCGAGACAGAUGUAGAGCUCCCUGCUUUUCUCUGCCUAGAAUAGAUCGCGCGACGAGGAAAGCACUUGGAAAAUCGUGGAAAGCGGUUGGAAAACCUCCUCCUCACAAUAGAACAGUGUAGUCUGAAAUCAGCCGUCAUCCACCGUGGUCAGAAUAAUGACUUUGGAAGGCAUCACAUUCGAGUGGCCGGUACCCGAGGACAGGUACCUGGACGUGAUCGUGCAUCUGCGGCACAACUUCUUCGCCGACGAGCCGAUCAACCGGUCGGUGCAGCUGUGUGAGCCAGGCCAGCCGCAUGCCGAGUUGGAGGAGCACAGUUUGUCCACCCUCAAAGACGGCAUGUCAGUUAUGGCUCUCGACACCCACACUGGAGAGGUGAUCGGAGUUGCCUUAAACGGGGUUCAGCACAUGGGUGACCUAAACGCCGCUCAGGAGAAGCUUGAAACGAUGACAGACGGCAGUUUCAAGCAGAUCUUCGGUUUACUCUACAGUUUAAACCAAACGCUGGAUUUGUUUUCCAAGUACGAAGUGGAGAACAUUUUCGAGUGCCGUAUACUGUCGGUUGACUCCCGGUUUAGAGGAAGAGGGCUGGCUAAGGAGCUUAUGAGCAGGAGUGAGACAGUCGCUAAGGAUGCUGGAUUCAAGGUAUUCAAAGAAGACGCCACAGGACUAUUUUCGCAAAAAAUAGCGGCCAGUCUGGGCCACGAAACCGUCUACGAAAUGGAAUAUUCCAGCUACACGAAUAAAGAUGGCGAGAUCAUUUUCAACACACCUCCACCGCAUAAUUCGCUGAAAAUAAUGGUCAAGCUUUUACAGUAAAACACCAACCAUUAAACAGACAAUAAAUACUUAGGAGAUAUAUAGUGAGGUCCACGUUAUAAUGGCAGUAUUUGAUUGUCAUUGUUGUUGUUAUCCUUGUCUAUCAUUCGACAAAGCAGAUAGCUCUACCCUUUUCUAGCUCCGCAACACUGCCAGAUUGUUUUUUAUCAAUGUAAAAAAAUAACUAGUAGUUCUGUGAACAACAGACCUCGCGCUCAGAAAGUUGAAUUGAAUUGAAUUGAAAAAAUCUUUUUUCAUGAACAUGUACAGGUACAUUAGGAACAGCGUCAAUAUACAAACAACAUAAACAUAAAAUGUAGUAGAAGAGUAAAAAGUAGUAAGUCUUACCUCCUAUAUAAAUAAACAAAAAUCGAUAAUCAACAAUCACAAACGCACAGUGCUAUCUGCAAACUCCUGCAGGGAGUACAGACACAAUGAUAUUAAAAACUCCUUGAGUUUUAUACUUAAUUUUUUAAUGUUAUAUUGACCAGUUGUUAUGUUUUCU